AGGCAACACACUCAAGGAAACACAAAGCAGCUACACAAGGCUAUAAAGAAACCAUAAACAACAACAAAAAUUACAACCGCUGUAUCAACAAAUGCAACUGCUGUGAUCACUUUUGUAACUAAGAUUGCAGCUGCCGCAUAGUUGCACAGCGCUACAACACGCGAAACAACAACAUUUAAUUGCAACAACGGCAAAUUGUUUGUGCUCACAAACGUUUUGAGCCACUCAGAGAACCUAAGAGUUUGGCGCCUCAUUUGAGGCACGCGAGUUAACUACCAGUUUGGCGGCAAUUUCUAUAGGUCGUUGUUGUAAUUGGUGUUUGGGAAAAAAAUCACAACGGAACAUGAACAGCAAUUAAGUGCAGCAGCAACAACAAACGCCCACAAGCCACUGGAAACAAAAAGUGAAAGAAGCAAAUCAAUACAAGCUGUGCGCCUACACUCACACAUCUCAGCUAAGUGCCACAUGUGCAACUGAUCAUUUGAAGCGCCGUUGUUUGCUUACUAAAGUGGCUGCUAAAAAAGAAGAGCGAAUCAAAAGUGAAAUAAAAACAAAAUCGAAAAAAAAACUGGCAAUAAGGCGCGUGAGUUGACCAGUAGCCAAAGCAACGGCAGAGACCAACAACCGCAUUGUGGUCAUAAAACGAAGCGACAGGGACAAGAAAAUAGCGAAAAAACGCAACAUAACCUCAAAGCUAGCAACCGCAAUAAGAGAGUAAUAACAAAUCUACAAAUAGUUAAUAUUUAAAACGUUACACGCACACACACACGCGUUCAACUUGUUUGCAUUUGCCUUAAAUUGCCGCAUUUAAUGGCAAGCGCAACAACACAGCACGACGCGCAACACAAACCAGCUGCACGAGAUAUCCGCAACAGGUACACAGCACCAGCAACAACAACAAGCGCACAAAGACGGCGCGGCAACUCCGAAACGAAUUAGUUCAAGCGUGUGCGCACAUGUUACGACAACAACAAUAACAACUAAGCAAACAUAUUUACAACAUAUUUGGCGCAAUAAUCGCCAAUUGACUAACGGCAAGUGCAACGACCGCACUGCCGCCGCCGCAGCCAUCAACGCCAACACCGCUGUACGCGCGCACGCGUUGCCACAACCUUGGCCACGACAAUUGGAUUACCACAGCUGGUUUUACUGUUUUGCUUUUGCUUGCCGUUGCAUAUACAUCACGGCGCUUGGGACAGCACGAUUUUGGUGUUUGCAAGUUCAAGCGCAAACGCAAGCGGUAAGUUCCGUUCAAUUAGCGAAGCGCGACCAUAAAGAAGGCGACGGCCGCAACACGCCAAAUCGUUUGGAGUAGCACGCAAGCAGGAAGUUGGUGCAGGAAUCAAAGCAUGUGCAAGUCGCAAACGCUGCAUGACUAAAGAAACGUGUGAAGCUGUUGCAACUUUUAUUGCUGAAACAUUGCAGAGGUUGUUAACCUGCAGUUUAUAGUGCGCGCGCUCUUAACCAACACCUCUAUGUGCUAAGGAAUGCGAGGCGUGUCUGGCUGGCGCAGCAGUGACAUCAAUUGUAACGGCAAAUAUAGUUGUUAGGAUAUUUAAUUUGAGCUCAACCUUGAUCUUGGUGAACGCUACCACAUUACCGUUUAAGCGUACUUCCGCGCGCCUUGUUAGCGCUAAGCGCAAAGUAAGCGCAUUGCCACAGCGGCAAAGUCUUUAAAUAGUACGACACUCAUCAGCGUUAUACCGCUAUAAACUGCAGUGAAUUCCCAACGCUUCUGCCCGUACCACUUCCACCUAUUGUACCUGACCCCUUAUCACCUCUAACAAACACGCCCUACACGUGCCGCGCUCAAUGUAAGAUGUUAGCAAUCGCCAAAUGGAGUCUGCUAGCCACAAUUGUUAACAGUUUGCUGUUAUGCACCUUAGCCAUUGAGCGGCCGCCAGCGCUUGCCAACGUAGGUAGCGUAGCGUUACAGUCUGCACCCGCGCAUCAACAAGCAAAACAAACGGCGCGAAAUGUGCGCGAAAGCACAGCGUAUACCGCGGCGCAUACGACGCAGUUGAAGCAAACAUCAUGGUUGAAUACAGCGUCAGCUGUAACUGUGGCGCCUGCUGCAGACAGCCAACGCACCGCGCGCAACCUUUACGCGCCCUUCAACACCUUCAGCAAGGUGGAUGAAGCGCCUUUUACGGAUUGGCGCCGACGCGCCGAUGGCACAGUGGUGCAAACUUUUGGCGCUUAUCGUAGUGGACGCGCCCUUGCAGCGGUCGCGCCACAGCCACAAGCUCAAAUACAUGCUGCCGCACAACGUCGCUCUGAUGUCAUUACAACCGUCGAGGUAAUACCAGCACCCGGAAUUGAACUCUCCAGCAGUACAAAUAAUGCUGCGGCCGGCAAUGUACCCAUCACAAUACCUAAACAAGUCGUGCCGGAGGCUAAUGCCGCUGCGCAAGUCGCUGCUCAAGUCAUAGUGAACGCGACGCGUAGUUCACGGCAGCGCAACUAUGUCUAUAUACCGCUGCAACAACAAGCUACUAGCACUACAUUGCUGCCCAAACGCAAUAAUAGCUCCUUUGGCUAUUUAGGUCCACCAGCUCAUGCUGUCGCUGCGGCUGUUCAAGAAUUCGGCGAAGAGUUGUUAAAUGCGCACACCGAUCGCAGCGAUCUAGCAAUAGCGCCAGCGCCGGGCGCACCAAUCACAUCCACAGACAAAGCCGAUUUUGAAGAUGAGGAUCCAGCGCGUCGAAAUGGUUUUAAAUUUCCGAGUUAUAGCCUUAAACCGGCUAGUCCCUUCUACCCACAAGGUUACCGCGAGGAUAAUCCCAUCUUCACGGAAACAACUGGUUUUGAGGCACCUUAUAGCGAGGAUGCGCUAGCACAAGACACACGUCAUACGCGGCAACUCAUCUAUGAAAACAGCGAUAUCACACCAAUUUCACAUCCUUUCGAAUUUCCCGGCUUGGUGUCCAAUAACAAGCCGCAUACUUUGAGCGCCGCUAUCGCCGCUGGUAAACUGUUUCGUGAAGAGGUCACCAAGUUUGGUGAUGUGAACGGUCCAAUCACAGCUAUUCCCCAACGUCCACAACGCGGUUUGUUCUUUGGUGAUACCGAAUUUCGUACGGGUCCGCCACGCCCAUUUGUGCCGCAGAAGGCGUUCAAUGAAUACGUAGGUUCAAAUGGUCCCGUCGAUUACCAGAGUUCGAGAAAGAGUCGCUUUUUCCCCUUCAAAUCGUCACGCAGUCCACGAGUCGUUUUUCCGGUGAACGAUAAUAUUGGCACAACGGGACCAAGUGGUACUGGAAACGGCGUAUAUUUUAGCGAUAGCGUGGCCUUUAGAGAUCAAAAUUUCGGCAUCAACGAUUUGGCUGCCAUUCAAGAUGUGCGCAAUGAAUUCAGUCUACAAGAUAUUGAUGGCACAUCAGAGAGCAGUUUGACGGGCGCACCCUCUUCGGGUACAUUCAAAGAAAAAGUUGAUAUCACAACCGAACUAGAAUGUCAACACCGCGGUGGUACUUGUGAGUUUUUUCUCGGUUGUUGGAUGAGCGGCGGUCUACUGCAGGGCACAUGUAAUGGCCUGCUGCGCGGUUGCUGUCAUCGCACAGCCAAAUCGGCUAACCUACGCACCUCCGAUUAUGUGGGCAAUACAAUCGAUCUGACUGAUCUUCCGCAUAAAAACUAUGGCCCGGUUAAAAAUGAUGCCAGUUGCGGCAUUUCGCUGGCCAAACAGGCCGCUCAACGGCGCAUAGUCGGCGGCGACGAUGCCGGUUUCGGUUCGUUUCCCUGGCAGGCGUACAUACGUAUCGGAUCCUCGAGAUGCGGCGGUUCAUUGGUGUCGCGCCGUCACGUUGUCACCGCCGGUCAUUGUGUGGCACGUGCCACACCACGCCAGGUCCAUGUCACUCUUGGCGAUUACGUAAUCAACUCCGCGGUUGAACCACUGCCAGCUUACACGUUCGGUGUGCGGCGCAUCGAUGUGCAUCCGUAUUUCAAAUUCACACCACAGGCGGAUCGUUUCGAUGUGUCCGUUUUGACGCUGGAGCGAUCGGUGCAUUUUAUGCCGCAUAUUGCUCCUAUCUGCUUACCCGAGAAGAAUGAGGACUUUCUGGGAAAAUUUGGUUGGGCCGCAGGUUGGGGUGCCUUGAAUCCAGGCUCACGACUGAGGCCCAAAACGUUACAAGCUGUGGAUGUGCCAGUGAUUGAGAAUCGCAUUUGCGAACGCUGGCAUCGUCAAAACGGCAUCAACGUUGUCAUUUAUCCCGAAAUGAUGUGCGCUGGCUAUCGCAAUGGUGGCAAGGACUCCUGUCAAGGUGACUCUGGUGGACCGCUGAUGCAUGAAAAGAAUGGCCGUUGGUAUUUAAUAGGCGUGGUUUCAGCUGGCUACUCGUGCGCAUCGCGCGGCCAGCCGGGCAUCUAUCAUCGUGUACCCUAUACGGUAGAUUGGAUAUCCUACGUCAUCGGUCUGACAACGAACGUGUAGUAGAAGUGAAUUACAGCGACUUUACUUAUUUCAAAUCUACUGCGAAAUUGAAAAACAUGUCGCAAACUAAAAAUGCUCAAAACUUUCACAUUACUCGAUUUCUUAUUUAAUUUUUCAAAAAAUGUUUCUACAACCUUUCGCAAGCCAAUUUUCUAUUUUAGUGAUAGUAAAGCAUAUUUAUUUUUAGUAUUUCACGAUUUUAUAUCUAUUUCAAGUUUUGUAAAUAGUUCUUAUUUUAUUUAAAGUCACUCUUUGUUUCUUGUUGGUAAUUUCCCUCUCGCACACAUAAAUAUGUCAUAUGCAUAAUAUUGUUUACUAAACGUUAAACUAAUAAGUUAAGCGCAUAACGGGUCAUUGCUCCAUUUAAGAAAUUUCACUUGUAAGCUUAGCUUUGUAUUUAUAUUAAAAACAAAUAAAUAUAUUUAUAAACAUAUCACCCAAAUGAGCAUAUACAUAUAUACAUACAUAGUUAUAAGUAUGUAUAUUUAAUAUACACAUACAUAUAUAUUUGUAAUUAGUAACAUAUAACGGUGGUUUAUUGUACAAUAUAUACUAUUUAGUCAUAAUUAUGCACUUAAAUGCUCUGCAAGUGAAAGUAGUAUAUAUAAAUACAUGCAUAAGUAUAUAUUUACGAAUGUGUAUAGCUUCUAUAGUGAUGUAAAUAAUGCGUAAAACUAUUAAGUAGUUAUUAAUUUUUAUAUAAUUUAUAUGUGAAUUAAG